UGUUCUCGGCACUUCUGCUGGUGUGUGUGUGUGUGCGCGGGAGUGUGGAUUUACAGAGAGAUUUUGGAAUGAAACUCUGCGGCCGGGAGUUCAUCAGAGCUGUGAUCUUCACCUGUGGAGGCUCCCGGUGGAGGAGGAGCACCUCUCAGCCCGGUCAGCUGCUGCUGGACAGAGAUGAAGAGCUCAGUCUGUCUGUCUCAGAUCUGAUGUCCGUUCUGAGCGACCGUAAGAGAGACCCCGGCGACCGUAGGAGGCGGAACUUCUCCAUGGGACUGGCGGGAAUGUGCUGCCAUCAGGGCUGCACCAAGAAUGACAUCGGCCUCCUGUGCUGAGACUCACUGAUGAUGAUGAUGAUGAUGAAGGACUGAACUGUUUGAUUAUCCCAGUGCUUCAGAUGUGUUUAUUUAUUUCACAUCUGUUCAUAUGACCACACUAAUAAACAUCAAAUUGAUUGCAA